AUGUUCCAUGCCCACACGACCACUUCUACACAACAGCGCCGCACCUCUCCCGCCGCGAUCAUGCGCGACAAGCACUCGCGCAACGGCCAGGUCAAGGGCGAGCACGACCGCAAGAUGGGUGCCGGUGCGCACAACUGGGGCUCGCUCAACCACGAGGAGACCAACAUCUACCAGGGGAACCUCGACGCGGAGCAGGAGGGCAUGUUUGACGCGGACAACAUGGACAUGGGCGACGCCUCUGUGUCGCCCCAGAACAGUGUCUCCAGCGUCGACUCGGAACCCCGCCCCACUGGCCGCCGCAUGAGCGCCGUCAGCGACGAGGACCGCGAGCGUGCAACCCGCUACCGCGAGGGCGGGUACAAGAAGGGCGAGCCGACGCUCAUCGAGAUUGCCCGCUCGGCCGUCGGCGUCCAGGACCCCAACGCCGAGGACAAGGAGAUGCUCUCCACCUCGCCCCUCCGCUCCAAGGCUGGAUUCAGCCAGCGCUAA